AUGGCGUCCGGGCGCAUAGUUUCAAGUUCGCUUCGAGUCUGCGCAGCUCGUCCCUGUGGCUUUCGGACCUUUGGGCAAGGCUUCCCUGCCUCGCCUCGGGCCUCACUGCUGGACUUGGAGCUCCAACGCUGCGUGGACGGAGCGGCCGUGCUGCGGGUUGGAGCACAGACGCAGCUGCAGCUCACCUUGGCUGACCUCCGUUCCUUUCUGGCUCGCUUGCGGGAUCUCAAGAAAAUGCCCUCAUCAGGCGCAGACCUUCGCCAGUUCCUUGAAAAGGUAGAUGCCGUGCUACCAGGCUUCGGGGCGGAGGGCGCGCACUUGGCACUCACAGGCUUUGCGCAGUUGCGCUGCCGUCAGGGAGCCAUUUCUGCGUGGCCGCUGUUGCUGAGACAUCGGGGUGAGCUCUCGCCAUCCUACUUAGCUGAAGGCGUGUGGGCUGCAUCUGGCAUACCCAGCCCGCCGCGAGACAUCAUCUAUCAAGCAGUCGGCUUGGCUCGAGAGGUCGCGCCGCAUAUGAAAGUGCUGCCGGAUGAGGCAUUGUACCGCUGCAUCUAUGGUUUGGCACGUAUUCACACUGGCCGGGGCUCGACUGAGCUGCUGCGCCGGGCGGAAACUUCAGUGACACAGAUGCUGGGACGCAGGCCGUGCCCAUUGGCGCCAAAGCAGCUGGUAAGACUUUGCUGGGCCAUGGCACGCUUGGGCUGUCGGGACCAGCGAAUAUUUGAGGCACUGGAGGCCCGCAUUGGCAACGUCCUCAACCAACUCGAGGUCAAGGAGUUGGAAGCUCUGUACGGUAUCCUGACAGAGUUGCAGCUGGUUCGUCAGUGGAAGUUAAUUCAUGAUGUGGAGCGGGCACUGGAGUCACGUGAGGAUGAGGCAGCUUCAAUGAACAAAUCUGCUAGGCGAAAACCAUUUCGACGCCGCUGGACGCGGGCGGACCUGAUGCACUCUGUCCUCACUCGCAGAUGA